AUGCGGAUAUACGACCUCCCCUCGUGGGGAGCGCUCUCGACGCUCCUCCUACUCGCCCCUUCGCCCUCCUCCGCCUUCUACUUCCCCGGCAUGGCACCGACAUCGUACAAAGAGGGCGACAAAGUCCCCAUGUACGUGAACCACCUCACGCCGGCCGACUCGUCGGUAGACCGCAAGCUGCGGUCGGUCUUCUCAUUCGACUACUACCACCCGCCGUUCCACUUCUGCCAGCCUGAGGGCGGGCCAAAAUACAUUCGCGAGUCGCUAGGCAGCAUACUGUUCGGGGAUCGCAUACAAACAUCUCCAUUCGUGCUGCAUAUGGGGAAGAAUGAGUCUUGCAAGGCCAUGUGCAAGGAGCAGACAUUUUCGCCAAGGGAUGCGGUGUUUGUGAACAGCAGGAUAUACCAGGGCUACGACCUCAACUGGUUGAUUGAUGGGCUGCCAGCAGCGCAGCUCUUGAAAGACCCAGACUCGGAUAAGGAGUUUUACAGCCCCGGGUUUGCGCUGGGAUCUGUUGCGGAUAAUCAGCCGAUUUUGAACAAUCACUACGAUAUCGUGAUUGACUACCAUGAGGCUGGGAAGAAUAAUUUCAGGGUUGUGGGGGUCCUAGUAGACCCUUACUCCAUCAAAGGCUCGAAAUUUGUGGAUAUUGACAAGGGCGAAUGCCCCGGCCUUGAAUCAGGGGGAGGCACCACUCCCUUGACUUUAUCAGAAGAGAAGGACACAGGAGUUACGUACACCUACAGCGUUUACUGGAGGCUUUCUCCGACACCGUUCGCUACUCGCUGGGACAAAUACCUCCAUGUCUACGAUCCCAAGAUCCACUGGUUCUCCCUGAUCAACUCUGCCGUCAUUGUCACGUUCCUGAUUGGAAUGGUCAGCACGAUUCUCAUCCGGACCCUGAGGAAGGACAUCGCGAGAUACAACCGAUUGGAUCAGUUUGCGCUAGAUGAUUUUGGUAGCACAAGUGCGGUCGAAGAUGGAGUGCAAGAAGACUCUGGUUGGAAGCUGGUUCAUGGAGACGUCUUCCGCUCUCCAACAAACCCCCUAUUCCUCAGUAUCAUGCUUGGCAAUGGAGCGCAACUUUUCAUGAUGGCUGGGCUAACGAUUGCAUUCGCUCUCCUCGGCUUCCUCUCCCCGUCCAACCGCGGCUCUCUUGCGACUGUCAUGAUCAUCUUCUACACCGUCUUCGGUUUCAUUGGAGGCUACGUCUCCUCACGUCUCUACAAGUUCUUUGGCGGCGAAAAAUGGAAGCAAAACUUCGCCUACACCCCUUUUGCGCUUCCCGGCCUCGUCUUCGCCGUCUUCUUCCUCCUCAACCUCUUCGUCUGGGCACGCGCCUCCUCCGGCGCCGUCCCCUUCUCAACAAUGCUCGUCAUCGUUCUCAUCUGGUUCCUGAUCUCCGUCCCUCUCUCCCUCGCCGGCUCUUGGCUCGGCUUCAAACAACCCGCUAUCGAACCCCCUGUCCGCACGAACCAAAUCCCCCGCCAAAUCCCACCCAGCGGUGGCUACCUCCGCGCCUUCCCAAGCAUGGCCCUCGCCGGAGUCCUCCCCUUCGGCGCCAUCUUCGUCGAGCUCUACUUCAUCAUGAACUCGAUCUGGUUCAGCAAGGUCUACUACAUGUUCGGCUUCCUCUUUAUCUGCUACGGGCUCAUGAUCAUGACGUGUGCGGCGGUGACGGUACUGAUGAUUUACUUCUUGCUCUGUGCCGAGAACUAUCAUUGGCAGUGGCGGAGCUUCUGCACAGCGGGCGCGAGCGCGGCGUAUGUGUUCCUGGCUGCGAUUCUGUACUGGGUGAAGGAUCUGAGCUUUGGGAGCUGGACGAGUGGGGUGUUGUAUCUGGGGUAUAGCGCGUUGCUUAGUGUGCUGUUUUUCGUGCUUACGGGUACAAUCGGCUUCUUCGCCUCCUGGCUCUUCGUCCUCAAGAUCUACAAAUCCAUCAAGGUCGACUGA